AUGAUGUCAAAUUACAGUGAUUCCGACGUCGAUGACGAGAUGGCCUGCCGUUGCUCGUACUGUGGUAGAUUUUGCUCUCGCGCGAAUAUCCAUGAGUUAUCCGGCCUGUGCUUUCCGUGUGAACACAAGCUUCAUCCAUCCAAGCUCCUGCCGGAAGACGAGAACGAAAAUCCAGAAGCCGACGAAAUUGCCAUCAACGCGAAUGAAAGUGAGUCGUGGGGUGGAGCAUCAGUGGCCUCAAAAGCUGAAGGCAAGGAGAGCGGUUCUCAGGAGUCCGGGUCCCACCCGCAAGGGUUUGGUGAGCCGAACCAACCUGCAGAGUCAGCUCUGUGCGCCCGAUGCUGGACGAGGUCACCGACGAGAGUACUCUAUAACUCUCCCACCUGUGACGAGUGUUUCCAGGAGGCUAAAGUUAAGAAGGAAGGGUCCCGGGGUACGAAGCGGCGAUUCCAGCCACCGACGCCUCUUCAGCCAGGCAAAAAGUUGACACGAGUUUGCGACUCGUGUCGCCAAAAGAGGAAAAGGUGUGAACACCGUCGUGUUGUUGACGCUGAUGAUCCCGCUGCGACGGAUCGUCGACGCAAAAGGGUCAAAGUCGAGGCACCCGUCCCCGAGAGCGACGAGCCAGAGGACACACUCGAAACAGGCGAUGCCAUCGCAACGGACGCCGACGCCAACCCCUCGAUCGUGCCAGUGGUCGAGAAACCUGCGGUCAACAACUGUGGUUCUGCAGAAGAGAACCUACAGUGGGCAAUCAAACAGUCAGUUCAGACUGUUUACCGCAGGGAGAUGGAGCGCCUGGUUGAAGUGGCUGAAGCCAAAGCGGCAGAGGCUAAUCAGGCGUUCGAGGUUGUCAAGCAGCAUGUGAGCUGGUGGCUCGCGGAGCUCAUGAGACCCAGUUCAUAG